AUUCGGUCACCAUAUUAUAAUAAUCUUUCUCUGUAUAUCUCUACCCUCCACUAUUUCAAGCUCCACAAAUGCGUCAAAUAUACUUCAUGCCCUGUUUCUUUUCUCGUUGCCACCAUAUUAUUAUAAUCUUCUUUUCCCUUGUACCAAAAAAAUCCUUAGGUGCUGUGGACCCAUACUUCCAAACAUGCAGUGUGCCCAAAGACUCUGGUGAUGGGCAAGCCAUAAGAUUCCCAUUCUACAUCCAAGACAAGCAAAACUCCUUUUGUGGCUACCCUAGAUUCAACCUCUCUUGCAACAAUAAUGGCCAUCCAACUAUCCUCAUAUCCAAUAACAAUUACACCAUCCAUGAAAUUUUCUACCAAAACGAGACGCUUAGUGUCUCAAACUCUGCCUUCUCAAAUCCAAACUCCAAUUGUAUACCUUCUAUAAAAAACAUAUCCCUUCGGGGUGGCCGGUUCGAUCCAGCACCAAUCCAAACCAAUCUUUUUUUGUUUUACAAUUGUAACUCUUCUGUGCAUGAGAGUUGGCCUACAGAGUUUUAUCCUAGCUGUUAUGGUGAAAACGACACCGUUCUGGCCCUGUCCGGACAGGACCCGCUGAUCAAGAACGUAUCAAUGGAGUGCAAGUCUUCGGUUCUAGCACCGGUUGAAGCUUAUGGAGGUGGGAUUGCAGAGUCGUUGAGAAAUGGGUUUGUGCUAAAAUGGAAAGCCAGCACCUGUAGCAUUUGCGAGGAUAGUGGAGGUUACUGUGGGUUCGAUCAUAUUAAGUAUCAUUUCAAGUGCUUCUGCCCAGAUAGGCCUCGUGCUUGGAAGUGCACUGGAGCAGGACACGGUGGACGAAAAAUAAAGGAGAGAAAAUAAGAGUAAGUAUUGUUUGGAGAGAAGGGGAGGAAAUUUUUUGAUCCAGGCUCACAAAAAACUCAAGAGGUGUUUGGUAGAUGUUUUCAAACAACAAUUUUCAAUUUUUAAGUGCAUAUAUCAAAUACCCUCUCAACUUCUCUCCAAAUUGAAGAGAAAAUAGGUAUUUUCACACCUUUUGCCGGGGAAAGACAAAAUUGCUCCAACCCUGUUGGAAUGGCUUGAAUUGUCAAAAUUGGUGACUUGACAAUUAGACCCAUAUAUAGGAAAGUUGCAUAAUUGCUAUACGUGAAGAAAUGCAAAGAAGUUGCAUGAAAUUGUUGCAUGGACUCAGCCGAAUUUGUUUACUUCUUGGUUGAUAGAAGUCUUGCAUUCCCAUUGGUCUAGAACACUUGACAUGCAGGCAGCCGAAAUAUGUGACUUCAUUGAAUUCAUGAAUUGUCAAGAAGAGUGUGCUAGCCGAAUUGUAUGAAUUCUUUGGCAAUAAAUGCUUGGCCACUAUUGUUGAAUUCCUUAACAAUUGGUGUUUCACGUUGGUGGCAUUUCGGCUGAAUCCUUGGCUAUAAAUUGAGGUGGAUCAAAUGAGGAAGCAUGCAAGUGAGCUACGGAUAGCAAUUAGUGUCUUGCAACUUAUCUAAAUACAAUAGGGUGUUCUCUAUUUAUUUGUGAGAGAACCAAGGGUGUAUUUGGGGUUUGGGUUUGUGUGAGAGUGUCUUCAAGUCAUUGUUGUAAUCUCUACAGUUAUAGUGAAAAUAUAUUCUAUCGCCUCUAGUGGACGUAGGCAUAUUGCCGAAUCAAGUAAA